AUGCAGAUGCAGCUGGGUGGCCUGUUGGACAUGUUCGGCGACCACCAUGCAGGACACGUCGGCCUCGCACAGGGGAGCUUCCAGGUGCACGAUGACCACGAGACUCAGAUCGUGAUCUCUGCCGUUCUCCCUGGCUACGAGUUCGGUGCCGCGAGCGCUUCCAGCGAGAAGCCGCUGUCCGUGCGAGCCAUCCGCGGCAGGUCCCUGGUGAUCAGCGGCCGCCACCGGCAAGGACCCCUCAUCAGCUCCUGGCAGCGCGUCUUCUCGCUGCCGAAGGGCUCCGACGUGGGCCAUGUCUCUGUCACGUACAACUCCGGCACCGGCAACCUGACCGUGACCGUCCCACGCAGUAACGCAACAGUGGCAGAGGAGUCAGAAGGCGAAGAGAAUGUCGGGAUGGAUGACAUGCUGCCCCCAGCGCUUCAAGCGCUGCGGAGCGGGGUGCCGUUGCUGGUCGGGAACAUGGGCGCCCUCCAGGCGGGCGGAGGUGUCUUAACAAGGGGCCAAGACCCAGAGCGGUGGUGGAAGACUUCAGACUUCGAGUUAGAGGCACAUCCAAAGACUUGCAAGCUGUUCGUUGCCAGACGGCGAUGUGCAGCAUCCUUAAAUGCAUUUGCAGUGGUCACUGAUGAAAUGUUUCAUUCGCCAGUGGCAGCCGCGGCUGCGUGUUUGCAGAAGGGACAGCUAGUUCGAUGGAUGGAUGGAUGGAUGAUGAUGAUGAUGACGACAAUGACGAUGACUUUGCCGAUCUACAGGUCGAUACAUGGCGACGUUGCAACGGCCAUCGGCCAGCAGGUGGAGCAGAUGAUUCUGCAAGCCAAAAAAGACUCCGAAGCCCGUGUGAGGCACGAGCUCAAUGUCGCCAGAAGCCAGUUGACACAGAUGGAGUCACACAUCACCGAGCUGUCGGAGCGUGUCACCCGCUGCGUCCGAUUAAAUUCGGGAGGCACUGCCACUGGAGUGGAUCCGGCAAUGACGGUGGACCGUGCCUUUUUGAGUCAGAAGAUCAAGCAGCUGGAGCAGAAGUGGGGUUCCGAGGUCAAGGCCCUGAAGCAGGACCUUCAUCGAACGAUCCUCGCUCACAACCACAACUCGGACCUGAUGCGUCAUCACCGAGACGCGUUGGACGAGGCACGCCGGAAGUUGGACAGCCAACCGGCCCCAAAGGCCGACCAGGUUGACGCGCAGAUCGACAAAGUGGACCGAAUGCUGCGUGCCGGCGCCGCCAAGCAGCGGGCGCUGGAUGCCCUGACCGAGCGCCUCACCCAGCUGGAGACGCAGGCGGCCCAGAUGUUCCCGGCGGCACCUGGUUUUGGCACAACCGCGGUGCCACCAGGCCUGUCGGCGGCACCGGCCGCUGCGGUCCCGAAGAAGCCCGGAAAGAAGGAUGGAGACCUGCCGAGCGAGCUGGAAGUCCGAGCGCACUUGGAGAAGGCUGCCCUUGGACAAGGCAGCAGCUUCAAUGCGGAGGCACCCGUCUUCAUUCCUCGUGGGGCAGUGGAUGUGGAGGCCCCAAAGGCCGCUUCGAUCCCAAAAGCGGAUGCAGGCGCUCCGAUCACCCUCCCUGUGCCAGCGGGAAGCUUGGAGGUGCUCCCAGAUGCAGGCGAGAAGGAUGUGGCCUUGAUCCUAGGUCUCGAGGAUGUCUUGGGUCAGGUCUUCGGACAGUUGGACCAAAUGCAUCCGAGGAACCAUCUCCCGGCGGCCAGACAAGUCCCCGAGGAUGCAGUCGUGAAUUUAGUCGGCUGCUUCGCCGAGUCACAGCUGGAGCAGGUGAAGCUGAAAUACUACGGUGAAGAAAACGCAGCGAAUUUUGCAGCCAUGUACUGGCAUGCGGAGACAGAUCAUGUGCCCUACUUCGCCAUGGCGCGGCACGGUGUGCCCCUGGGCCAUGCCUUCACUGCUGCGGGCUUCCUCCACGAGAAGGAGGUGCCCCAGUGGGGCGUCUAUGACGGCUGCGGUUCGCCCUGUCAGGACGACGAGGAGAGGUGGUGCGGCUGCUCCAACGAGGCCGCCCGAGGCUUCAGCAACCACGCGUGCGCGGAGGGCGAGAAGCGCUUUGCGGUCUACAAGAUUGGUGCAGCUACCACGUCCGAGCCGUCGGUGGCGCCUGUGGCUAACGCCUCGGAGGCCAUGCCGGGAGAGGCGAUCCAAGAAGCCGGCGAGGCAACCACGUCGGUGGCGAGUGCAUCUGCUGCGCCGGCUGCUGCAGGUCAGCCCUAUUGGAAGCUGACGGACGAAAAUGAAGGCGACCAGUCCAUUGAGGUGGUCGUGCCCAAGGGCACGGUGGCCUCAGCCAGUGGUUCCGAGGUCCUCCUCUUCAAUGCCACAGGUACUGAGCCGCCUGCUGAGCAGCCUUCCGAGACCGAGCAGGAGAAGACUCCGAUUGGGAAGGUGAAGCUCCCCGUCGAGGUGUCCAAAGAGUCCUGCAAGCUCGGUGGCGCUGCCAAAGACGGCGGACAGGUGCUCCGGUGCAAGCUGGAGCAAGAGGACGUGCGUGAGGUGCCCAUCAAGGUGAUCGAUGAGCUCUGA